AUGGGUGACAGUGAAGGUACUUCACAGACUUUGAUUAGUAAACUUGAUAUAGGAGAUCCAUUGUACUUACAUCCUAGUGACUCUAGUAGUUUGACCAUUGUUAGCAUCAAACUUAAAGGAACUGAUAACUAUGUUGUGUGGUCUAGUGCUAUGAAGUUGGCUUUAGAAGCAAAAAAUAAAUAUGGUUUUAUAGAUGGAAAAGUUGAAAAACCUAAAGAUAAUGUUGUUUUGGCAACCCAAUGGGAUAGAUGCAACUUUGUCGUAUUAACUUGGUUAUUAAACUCAAUUUCUGAAGAACUUUUUCUUGGUCAAGUGUUUUCUAAGUUAGCUUCUGAAGUCUGGACUGAUUUAAAAGAGUCAUUUUAUAAGGUUAAUGGUUCUGUUGUCUAUGACUUGUAUAAAAAGAUCAAUUGCAUUUCACAAAAUGGUAGCACUGUGGCUGAGUAUUAUAACAGGCUGACAACAAUGUGGAAGCAGUUUGAUGCUAUGCUUCAUCUGCCUUCAUGUUCUUGUCAAGCUGCAAAAGAUUAUAAUGAUUUUUCAACACUUAUAAAACUAAUACAGUUUCUCAUGGGUCUUGAUGAUGUAUAUCAGCCUGUGAGAACCAAUAUUUUGACAAGACAACCAUUUCCUUCUGUUAAAGUGGCCUUCUCUAUUGUAUCUAGGGAAGAGUCACAUAGGUUAUCUAGUAAUGGAUCUAAAAAUCAGAGUGUUUCAUUUAUCUCUAAGGCUAGCCAAGGUUUUGAUAGUAAAAGGAGACCAAUGUGA